UAUGGUCAAUUAGAGAGCGCCUCAUUUGCAUCGGCCUUAGCAUGGCCAAGUGCGAAUGUCUCCUCGGCGUGGGCCUGGUCUCGUUGAUGUUGGCCAACUCCCUCGACGCCACUUGGACUUGGAGGUGUUUAUACAAAGAAUUCCCAGUGGACGCCGAAAAGAUCAAGGGCGGCUGGUAUGUUUAUGGGACCAAUCCAGAGAGAAUAAAAGUGUGCUACUUUGAAGAUCUGGAUCUCUACUGGACAAGGAUCACCCAAACGGACUAUGAUAACUACGCUGUGGAGCUGCACUGCUCCCUGCCCUGGAUGCGGCACCAAAUGGCCAUCUACACCCGGCAGGCAAAGCCCAGUGAAAAGACCCUCGAAGAUAUUGAAUCGUACCUGAGAUCGGUCCAGCUGACCAUCAAGAACUUCACCCUAAUCCGGCAGAAGAAGGACUGUCGGUUGCAGAAACCCCCGAUCAUGCAGCGCUGGCACCUGUCCCGGUACCUUUACAUGGAUUAUAAUCCGGUUUACGUCAAGCCCUUGGUGGAGAACGAAAACAUCUGAGCCAGUCUUUGUGUCGCGUCUCUCCUCUCCAGCCGGCAACUUUCUUUGGCCACAAAUUUACAUAUGCCAAAUUUGGUACAAAUAUGCCAAUGUCCGACCUGCGAAUAUUUUAAAACAAAGAACGAGCUGUAAGAAAACCGAAUCGAAGAUACUCUGUGCAAUAAAAACGAUUGGGUCUGUGGCACAGAAGAUA